AGGUGUACGAAGGUUGAAUAAGCAGCCAACAAUAUGUAGCAGCAGCUGGUCCAUAUGAUGUGUGGAGCAUUCAAGAGUGAAAGACAGGCUUGACUUGGGAGAAAGACCCAGAGGAAAGCAAGAGAGUACAGAACUCUUGUGAGAGAUGAGGUCUUAGGAAAUACUGUGAGUGGGCGUACAGGGGUUUGGAGUUUGGCUAUGUUGAUUUAAUUCCAAUGUAUCUUGUGUUGUUAUUAUUCUUAUAGUGAAGUACUCUAUUCGGAAACGUAGGCAUGAUUUUGCCGAACCUCAUUAAUCUUUGUUCCUUGUUUAUUUUACGUUGUUCAAUUGUGGUUGGCUUUGUGGUGUUAUUAUUUCUGAAUCUCGGCAUAGCACGGUGAUAAAGCACAACGGGUGGUCUCACUCAUACUUUGGACCUGAGUGGCUUGGGAAAUAGUAGAUCUGGAUAUAAUGGUAAUCGCCUCAGCUCCUGUUGUCCCAACAAAUUUCUAGUAAAUUUGAUACAUUAAUUUCGGCACAAUAAUUGAUGCAAUUCAGGUGCUUUAGAGAAACAUGCUGCCUAUUUUGAAUGGAAGAAACGUAAUUAUGGUGCAAACUUUCAUUAGUUUUAGUAAGCACGGAUUAUAGUUAGCUACUUUUUUAGCUUUGAGGCAAGAACAAAUUUUUUCUUCAUUUUUCUUUGUCUCUCCGUCGCUGAAUGGAGUGGCUCAAUCUUCGUCUUUCUUUGCUACUUCUAUUACUUGUCUUGCCAAUUUGUAUCAGCCAAGACAAUUUAGGACCAGGAAAAUCUAUCAUUGGAAACCAGACCUUGAUUUCUUCCCUUGGGACCUUUGCAUUAGGCUUCUUCAGUCCUGAAAAUUCUACCAAAUACUUUCUUGGUAUAUGGUACAACAAAAUCCCAAAGACACCAAUAAUAUGGGUAGCUAACAGAGAAUCCCCACUUGAUUCUCCGGGUGUGUUUACGCUCAGCGGUGAUGGGAAUCUAGUGGUGUUGGACACUGUGGAUGGGACUAGAAAAGUUGUCUGGUCUUCUAAUACAUCAGUACCUGCUUCUGCAAAGAAUGGGACAACUGGUGUACUAGUAGAUAAUGGAGAUCUUCAACUUAGAUUUGGAGAAGGUACUCUGUGGCAGAGCUUCGAUAAUCCCUCUGAUACACUUUUGGCUAACAUGAAGCUUAGCUUUAAUAAAAGGACGGGCCAACGAAGGGCCCUUACAUCCUGGGCUGCACUUGAUGAUCCACAACCCGGAAAGUUUACCUCAGGCAUUGAUCCUAAAGUGCCUGGCCAGCUUGUUAUCUGGAGAACCGCUUACUUCCUUACUUACAACUUGGAUGCUGAAGAGGUUUACGUUACUUAUGGUGUCACAGAUAAUUCAGUCAAAAUGAGGGUCAUAUUGAAUCCAAAUGGGCAGAUUGAGCUGCUUCUGUGGCUAGAUUUCAGUAAAAAAUGGUUUUCAUGGUGGAAGAAGCCUGUUGAUACAUGUGAUUUCUAUAAUCGUUGCGGUCCAUAUGGUGCCUGCAAUGAUAAAAAUGAAACCCUCUCAUCACCAUGCAAGUGUUUGACAGGUUUUCGGCCAAAAUUCCAAGAACAAUGGGAUAAGGGGAAUUGGGUUGGUGGCUGUGUUCGAGAGAAAGCAUUGAUGUGUAAAGAAGAUGGGUUUUCAAAAUUUUCUAAGUUGAAACUGCCAGAUCAUGCUGUUCUGUUAGAAAAUAUGAGUAUGAGUGCGUGUGCAUCUAAAUGCUUCCAGAACUGCUCUUGCACAGCUUAUGCUUAUCCAAAUGUGACAGCAGGAAGCAUUAGGAAAUGUCUGACAUGGUUUGGUGAUUUGAUGGAUAUUCUAGAUGAUCAACCUGUUGAUUCCCCGAGUUUACAAAAUUAUGGGCAUGAUGUUUAUAUUCGUGUUCAUGGCUCCCAACUAGGUCGUAAGAGUCAUUCCCAUAAUGUAUUGAAAAAGUCCCCUGUAAUUGGAAUAGCGUCGGCAACAGGGGCAUUGAUUACAUUAGUUCUUGGCUAUUUCUUUUGGAAGAAAUACUUGGGAAUGGAAGGGAGCACGGAAGGCAAUAUGAGUGAGACUAUAACUAAAGCCAGAGCUGAAGCUGCGAAGAAUGAUGCAGAACUACCACUCUUCAGUUUAAAGAGAGUUUUAGCUGCGACAAACAACUUCAGUGUAGCGAAUAAACUGGGAGAGGGAGGAUUUGGCCCUGUUUAUAAGGGGGUGUUGCUUGAAAAUCAAGAAGUAGCCAUAAAAAGACUGUCAAAGAAGUCAGCCCAAGGACAUCUGGAGUUUAUGAAUGAGUUAAAGCUUAUAGCCAAGCUCCAGCAUACCAAUCUUGUUAGGCUCUUGGGUUGCUGUAUUGAAGAGGAGGAACUCAUCUUGAUCUAUGAGUUCAUGCCCAAUCGAAGUUUGGACAAACUUUUGUUUGCUCCAUCUAACAGUACAGAAUUAGAUUGGGGAAGACGUUUUCGAAUUAUAGAAGGUAUUGCUCAGGGACUACUUUAUAUCCACAAGUACUCUAGAUUGAAAAUCAUUCACAGGGACUUGAAAGCAAGUAAUGUGCUGUUGGAUGGAGCAAUGAACCCCAAAAUUUCAGACUUCGGAAUGGCUAAGAUUUUUGAAAUAAAUCAGACUGAAGCAAAUACCAAUAGGGUUGUUGGCACAUAUGGAUACAUGUCGCCAGAGUAUGCCAGAUAUGGCCAUUUCUCUGAGAAACUAGAUGUGUUUAGUUUUGGAGUGUUGUUGUUGGAAAUUGUAAGUGGAAAGAAGAAUGCUGCUUUUUAUCGCUAUGAACAUUCACCAACUCUUGCUGGAUGGGCAUGGGAAUUGUGGAAAGAAGGUAGAGGAAUGGAGGUGAUUGAUGCAUCAGUAAGGGAAACAUGCCCCCCUGAUGAAGCUUUGAAGUGUAUCCAUGUAGGGUUUUUGUGUGUUCAAGAAGCUCCAGAGGAUCGACCAACAAUGUCUUCUGUAAUUCGUAUGCUGCAGGCCAAUGAAGCCACAUCACUUCCACCAUCCAAGGAACCUGCCUUUUCAACUCACAAGAAUUCCAUACCUGCUGCUGUUAGUUCUUCUGGUCAAACACCUGCAAGUUUUUCUAACAAUACAGUCACCAUUAGUUUGGCAGAAGGUCGAUAGAUGUUCCUAUUUGAAUAAAAUAUUUGCAUAUUAGAGACUGUUAGAGUUACAUUAAGUUUAGCCAAGUAGUCUUAAGCUGGUGUGCCAGCUGUCAGUUAGUUAAGUGAGUUUGUUAUUAGUUUAGAGCUGAAGUCAUUGACAGCUCCUGUAUUCCGCCAAAAGCUGAACUCUAUAAAUACUGAGCCAGCUAAUAUUGUAUUAAAUCAAUAGAGAAAAUCAAUAAAGAAAUCCAGAACCUUU